UGAAAGCCGCCGGUCGCUUCCUCCAGUCCCACUCUGACUCUGCCGAGCCGAAUACAAACUGAAACAACAAUAAACAGCUCCUCAAAGAUGAGUUCAUAUUUCGUCAACUCGCUCUUCUCUAAAUAUAAAAGCGGGGAUUCGUUACGUCCGAACUACUACGAGUGCGGCUUCGCGCAGGACCUGGCCGGCAGCCGGCCCACCGUGGUGUACGGCCCCGGCUCCGGCGCCACCUUCCAGCACGCUCCGCAGAUCCAGGAUUUCUACCACCACAGCGCCUCUACGCUGCCCAGCAACCCGUACCAGCAGAGCCCCUGCGCGGUCACAUGCCACGGCGAGCCGGGCAACUUCUACGGAUACGACGCCCUGCAGCGGCAGACGCUUUUCGGGGCCCAGGACGCGGAUCUGGUCCAGUACAGCGACUGUAAGCUGGGAGGCGCGCCGGGGCUCAGCGGCGAGGACGCGGAGGGAACCGAGCAGAGCCCUUCACCGACGCAGCUGUUCCCCUGGAUGAGGCCGCAAGUAGCUGCGGGCAGGAGGCGAGGCCGGCAGACCUACAGCCGCUACCAGACCCUGGAGCUGGAGAAGGAGUUCCUGUUCAACCCCUACCUGACCCGGAAGCGCCGCAUCGAGGUGUCGCACGCGCUCGCGCUGACGGAGCGACAGGUGAAGAUUUGGUUCCAGAACCGGAGGAUGAAGUGGAAGAAGGAGAACAACAAGGACAAGUUCCCCAGCAGCAAGAGCGAGCAGGAAGCGGUGGAGAGGGAGAGGAGGGAGAAGGAGCUGCGGGAUGGCGGCGGAAGCGGAGGAGGAGGAGGAGGAGGCGGAGAGGGUGGCGGCGGAGGUGGCGGUGGAGGAGGAGGUGGAAGCUCGGUCGCGGGCACGGCGGGGUCACAGGCCCCCGUGAAUGAGGAUUGUUUCGAGAAAACCCACAAGCAAAUGUAG